AUGGAGGAAGCACAGAUCCCAGGGCUGGACGCCAGCUUCGGCGCCUUUCAGACCCGUGUACAGGCAGUGCUGGACCAUGACAAGAUCAGCGCUGGCAGCCGGCGUGCAAUCGGGUCGGCCCUGGAGGACCUGCGCGCCGACCUGCACGAGCUCGCCGCUAAGCGUACCCCAGAGGCGGCCCAGCGCGCGGCUCUGCUCCAUGGCCUGGCUGGCAUCUGUCGCCGGUAUGCUGACAUCCUCCCUCCAAGCACCCGCCCCGACUUUCCCCAGGCAUGCAACGAGGCUGAUCUAGUCCUUGAGAGUCUUCCAGACGACCAUCUUAUCGAUCAUGGUCUGGUUGAGUCCCCAGCCGGGGGUGCACCCCCUAUGACCUUGGAGGACCAGGUACGGGAGCUUGCAAGGGAGGUGCUCCAACUGGAGAUGGAAAGGGACGCGGUACUGGACCUGCUGAGCGCACAGGCUGGCGUGCCAAGUCCUUGCGAAUCUCAGUCACACAGCCCUCGCAUCGCUGCCCACCGUCCGGAAGCGGAGGGCGGCGAGGAAUGCCGCGUCGGCAGCCAGACAGAGGUCGCAGAGGGCGGGGCAGCGGAGGGCGACGCUACUCCCAUACUGGACACGCCACGCCGAGACAGCCCUCUGCCAGGCGCACCAUUCCUGGAGGAGUCCCUGCUGGAAGCGCAGGGAAAGAUCGCCGCGUUACAGGGCGAGGCCGCCGGCCUGCGCCAUGUGGCGAUGCUGGUGUCAGUGGGCCUGGGGGGCGUGCUCCAGGUGGCCUGGAUCCUGGCCGGCAUCGCCGCCUGGCCGUCCCACGUUGACACCCCCGCAGCCUGGCACUGA